GAUGUUUUGAGGUUCCAUUAAUCUCCACUCACUCCUAACACGAUCUGGAACUUCCUGCUUAAAAUACUGGUCUUCAGAAGUCAAAUCAAAUGGAAUAUUCCUCUGAAUUUCUUAAAUUAUUUAAUUAAUUCAAAUGAUCUAAAUGUGGAUUUGUAAUGUGGUGAUGACUAGCCUGUGAUAAUGGUUGAUAUAAUCAAAAUCAUCUCUGUCACAAACCAUGAUCUUCCUCAGUGACAUCAUAGAUGUUUAACACAUUCCGGAAUUUGGUCAUUCUAUCCUACUUGAGAUAUUGAUUUCAUUUCUGAACUUCAAAGGCAGAUCUGAGUAAUCUGGGACCCUUGAGAUCAUGGGAAGUUCUACAAUCAAUGACAUCUCUGUGACUGAGAAUAGGUACGUCAUUUAUCAUACGUAGACGUAGUAGCUUAUAAUAAAUAUGCCGUGGCAUGCCACUAACUAAUUAGCUUUGCAGCUGAGGGAUAUUUCAUGUUGCCACGUUGAUUAUUUGUUGCACAUCUGAUCUCAGGCUUUCAGAAGGAGACCGGCAUAAACACAAUGGAGCUCAGCCUGCCAAUGGGGCAGCCAAGACCAGCGAGCCGUCGCACGUGGGCGAGAAGGGGGUCCGCGUGGAGGAGCAGAUCAACAACGAGCACCUCCGCCGCAUCGAACGCAUGUUCCACGAGGCCGACACGGAUGGAGGAGGAGGCCAGUCAAACCCCACCACCACCAUCACCACCACUUUAUACGAGUGUUUUUAUUCUGCCAUAGUCUCCCAGGAACUACUGUGCUUCUUUUUUUUUUUAAGAUAUUGAAUUAAUACACAUUAUUUUUUUCAACAAAGGAGCCUCAAGAAAAAAGGGCUGCAUAAUGAGGCCUGUCUAAGAUCCUUAGUGUUCUCAUUAUUUUCCAUUUUCCAUUAUUUUCCGCUCCUCGCUCUAUCUCAUUCUCUCGCUCUUUUCUUUCUCUUGCUAUUUCUAUACCUCUGUCUUCCCUGGUGUGUCGUUCUUUCUUCAUGUUGCUUUAAAAAAAAAUCUUCUAUUAGGUUUGGAUAUGGAGGAAUUUCGAGAAGCAAUGACGAAGAUCAUGGGUGUGGUUGAAGAGGAGGACGUGGACAUCCUCUUCAUGAAAGUGGACACAAACUGUGAUGGCACUGUAGAUUGGGACGAGUACCUGAACUACAUGCUGCUGGAGUACCGAGAGAAAGACUCCCUGCAGAAGCAGAACAGACCCCUCUACUUCCCCAAGCCUCUGAAGGUGGUCCCUGUUGCCCACUGUGAGCCCAUUGUGAGGAUCCAGUUCCACCCAUACCAGGCUCCACAGGCCGACAAAAAGGUGGGGGAGGAAGGGGCGGUGCCUAAGACACGCAUGCAGCUGGGCCGCUACCUGACCGUUAGCCGUGAUGGCAUCCUCAACUACUAUAGCGAGAGGUUUAAGCUCACCCGCACCAUCAAUUUGGAGCACCUGAAGCGCACCAAGCUUACUUCUCCUUCACAGAAGAUCUGGGUGACUGACAUGAUCUGCCUCAGCAACCUAAACCUGCUGGCCCUGGCCUCCACAGGAAGAGACGUGGAAUUCUUUGACAUCAGCGCCAACAAAUGUGACAUUGUGUUCUCGCUCACUGGCCUAGAGGGAUAUGUGGUAGUCAUGGACUACUGGACGGAUGGAACCAAAGGAGUAUUUAGUUUGGGAGAUGUGGAUGGUGCCAUCUCAGUGUUUAUCUCACAUAAUGUUCUCCAAAACGGGCUUUUCAACAGUGGCGUCAUUAAAUCCAUAAAACCAGGGGGGCGGACUCGCCUAGCUUUCCCAGCGCUGCUUAAAAACACCUCUAAGUACUUCCUCUGCUUUAAAGUGACCUUGCACAGCACAUGGUGCCAUCAGAUCCGCUUCUUCCCGGAACUGAACGUUGUCGCCACCUGCUGUGCCUCUGACCAAACUGCCAUGGUGUUGACCAGCAUUCCCCACUCACACAAGGCUAAAGUCUACAACACUGCCUUUCAGCUAAGGAAAGGGAUCCUGUGUUUUGAUUACUCUGCAGAUUUUAACAUCAUAGUGACUGGAGGCUUUGACCGGAUUGUGAGGGUGUGGAACCCCUACGUCACCAACUGUGCCACCUGCCAGAUGAAGGGUCACUCCACGGCUGUCACUCAUAUUUCUGUCAACAGCGAACUCAACAAGAUCAUCAGCAUCUCCAAAGACAAGAAUGUCCGCGUGUGGGACCUGCAGGACUGUGCCUGCCUGCAGAACAUCCACUCUAGAAACAUGCCCUUGGGCCGAUUCCCCAUCUUCAGCGUCCAUUACAACCAGGACACCCACACACUAGUGAUGGGCACCUUUCUGUUAGGGGUUCUCCAUGGAGUGGUAGAUGAUGUGGAUACACUUGAACAAUACAACCUGAAGACGUCCCAUGAGCAUCCUCUGUGUACCGCUGUCUACAACUCCAACUUUAAACAGGUGGUGAGUGGCUGUCAUAAUGGCAUUGUUAGUGUGUGGGAUAUCUUGACCGGUGAGAAGGUCAUGCAGUUCCAGACGUCCCCAGAGAAAUCUGCGGAGGUGACUGCUAUGUCGAUUGAUGGGAACAAGAGACGCCUCAUCACCGGUUCUAAAGAUGGAGUGAUCCGACUGUGGAACUACAACAACGGAGCCUUGCUGCUCACACUCCCUGUGCUGCACGAAAAUGAGGUGACAGGGAUCCUAUACAUUAACCAAAGGAUCUAUGUGUCUGGGUGGAGCAAGAAAGUCAUGUGGUAUCUAGAUGUGAAAGAGGACAUGGAGAUGGAGUACCGUGUGUGGAACCAGUAUCACACUGAAGACAUCUACUCCAUGGAUGCCCAUGGCAAUAAGAUGUUAGUAACUGCCUCAUACAGUGGUGACAUCAUUGUCUGGAACAUCGACUCCGGACGAGCCUUCUGUCGCUUUAAUGCUUCUGAGAGCCCUCGACCACUGAUGCCAAAACGGGUGAUUGCCGACAGCAGUAGCUUUGAGGCCUAUGAGGCCUGUGAGUCUUGCCCGUCAUUACUGAGUAGGAAUGAUGAAGAGGAUAACAUGGAAGGACCUGAGGGCUUCAGUGAAACCCACCUCCACAACCCUUCUCCCCAGGCAGGGCGGUCAAGCACCAGCCAGAUUGAGAUCCCACAGGAAUUCAAAAAGGAUGUGGAGAAUAAGUCCACUAAGUCACCUGGACCAAAUCCAAAGGAGAGGAAAGCUAAGCCAGAACCCAUUGGUGAUGAGGAGCUGGAGAAGCCUAGACUUGCUGUGGAGAAGGCUCUCUUCUUGGGUACACGAGAGAGGAGUCUUGACACAGCCAUCCUUUUGACCAGUGCUGCUGAUGGCCACAUCUACGCUUGGUCUAUCCACCACCAGGGGGGGCUGCUGGGCAAGUUUAAAGCAGUGCACGGAGAGGAUGUGUCCAUUAGCUCCAUGUCUACUGAUCUCCAGGACCAGAUGCUACUCACUGGGGACAGCAAGGGAUACAUCAUGCUCUGGGACAUUGGGAAGUACUGCUACUGCAUGCAAGGGGGACAGGAGGCCCCAGCCCAACAGAAAGGAACCAUUAAACUACACAGCCUUAUCCCCAAGUACUGCAAGCUGGACGGGCCACGGAAGAUUGUGCCACAGGAUGUAACAGAAGUAAGGCUGGGAGGAGCGGAGUGGGAGUGGAAGAAUGCUUUAAAGCUCACUACUAUGCUUGCCUCAUUUGAAUGCACAGUUCUGUCGUUAGUCAGAACAUUCUUAAAUAUCUAUGUUAUCUACACAGUAUGUGAAUUUGUGUGCUCAUACAUGGAUGUGUCUGCAUUUUCACCUCAGGAGGUGAUUGAUGGAUGGGCCAUAUCCCUGGUCCCACCCCGUCUGCUGAGCUCCUGGCGUGGUCACGUGAAGAGCGUCGUCAGUCUUGAUUAUGUGGAGCGUUUCCGUCUCAUCGUCACGGCAAGCCUUGACUGUAACGUACGCGUGUGGACCAUCAAAGGAGGCUACGUGGGUACGUUUGGGCAGGCAACCUGGUGUGUGAGAGACCGUAAGGAUUUCCCCUCGGAUGUGCCCAUAGAUCUCCGCAGGGUAGGGUCCUCCCAGACACUGAAGGUGCUCAAUCAAGGCAUGAGACCACACUGGAAUUAUGCCCGGCGUAUUUUGUACGCCCUCAAUUUGCAACGGAAGCAAGCCUCCUCCAUGUCCAGUGCAGCAGAUCACCUGCCGGAGCUGGUGGGCAGUGACCCGCGCAUUACCAAUUACACUGAUGAGCAGAUUGAAGUGACCUGGGAUAAAUGGGCUUUGAAGGGCAAGCAGUUCACUGUCUAA